GGUCAAGGCGACCAAGACCGCCCAACGGAACAAAUUGCUGUCCACUACAAUAGUAACUAUCAGUAUGAUAUGUAGCACUCCGUCGUUCGAGUUGGUAGGGCCAUGAUUUAAUUUCAAGUUUUUUUUUAUAUUUUUAUGCUAAUAGCGAGAGUUGACAGCCAAUCCCCCGAGUCAGAACAGCGAGAAUGGCGCCGCCUCCGCAGAUACGCAGGCUGCCAUUGAUGCCGCUGUGAAGUCGAGAACGGAGGAGUUGGAGAAGAAGUAUGCAGCACAGACUGCCACUCAAGCCACGUCCCCUGGCUCAAUGACAGCUGCUGAGGUCGAGGCCAGGAUAGAGGAGGAGAAACAAAAGGUGGCAGCGGAGUUAGCCCAGAAGCACAAGCAGCACGUUGAAACCAUGGAGCAAAUUCAUAAGAUGCGCCAGGAGCUGAAGGUCCAGACGAAAGAAAGGGAGAUUCAGAACCUGAAGGAUCUCUUAGCAGGCGCCGGUGUGACCGUGGGCACGACUGGAAGUAAUGACACCAGGCCCGCUAAUGCAUCCACUGAGGUACAAACAAGGGCCCCAGCUCCUACAGGGGCGCUCUCAGUAUCAGCACCAACAUUCAGACCGCAGGCCGCAGCCACAACUCCAGCUCGACCAGCUCGACCAGCUAAUCCUGUUCGGGUUGUCAGGACAACUCCAGGUGCCCCAGGUUCCCCGAGUGAGGCAGGUCCUGCAGCACGCAACUUGAGCGGUGCUGCCCCUCGUCCUGGUCAUGCUGCUACGAAUGCGCACGGACACCACCCAAGACCCGCUGCUGGCCAUUCCCGUUUGAGGCCGCCGCUUGGAGCUCGUGUGGCCGCCGCCGCAGCCACAGCCACUGGAACAUCUCCUGCAGUACAACCCUCGGCCGUCACGGCUACCAGUACGGCUGCACCUGCCAGUGCACAGGCGGUAACUCCUCAAACUGCUGCGACCGUAACUGCGACGUCCGCACCGGUUCCCACUAGUGCACCUGCGUCGACGCCAGCAUCAGUACAGCCAUCACGUUUGUUGAUCAAGCGCCGUAGAGAGGAGGAGCUGCCUGGAGACCUCAACCAUCCACAGAGCACAUCCCCGUCGCUCGAUGCCACGGCUGUCGAGGGAGGAUCUGUGACAGGAAGUCCCUCUAUGGGUCCUACAUCAGUGAUCGUGACUCCAGACUCAAAGACACCGCCUAUGGUCAUUAAACGUCAGCGACAGCUACCUGUUGUCGUGAGUGCUACUACAUCGACACAGGAGACGAGUACGAGUGUGCCGGCUGCUUCAGAAACGAAAUCUGGCACCGUCACCAUUCAGCGGAGGCGGGUGAUCAGCACAACAGAUUCAACUGAGGCCCAACCUGGAUCGGCUCCUGCGAGUACUCCAGAUGUCACGGUGACGACCACGCCCCCAACGUCUGCUGCAGCUGAACCUACGGCCAAGACUUCUCCCCAUGGACAGAAGCGCCGACUUGAGACGACAGAGACUGUUCAAGAGAGCAUCACGAUUGUGUCAACGCCUGGCCCAACAGAUGUGGAGGAGGAUGUUUCGACGCCUGAGCCUUCGCACGAGAACAUGUCAAUGGAGGUUGAUGAUGCGCCACCAGUCAAGAGAGUGCGUCCUAGCAGUACCGGUGGCAGCAGUAGUGUGGUUAUUACUGAACUUCCAGACGAGGCUCCAUCGUCAUCUAAUGCCCAAGAGGAGUUGGCCGCACCAGAACAGUUCCUUGACUAUGAGGAAGGAGAGAUGGAGGACGAAGCGGCCAAUGCUAAUGUUGAUGUAGCAACGGCAGAGACUGCAGGUGCUGAACCAGCACAGAAGGAGGAACAGCAGGAGGAAGAUCAUCAUACACAGGAAGAGACGGUGCAGCAGGGUUCUGGUGCGGAUCAUGAGGUGGAGGAUGAGCUUGAGGGCCUGGACUCGACCUAUGAGACCCCUGGUGCCACAGACGUUAUCGUGUUUGAGGAUGUAGAGGUUCAGGCACCGCAUGCGCAAGACGAUGAGGAAGUGGAGCUGGAGCUUGGACUAGAUGAACAACGGGAGCACGAGGGAGAAGGCGAUGGAUCGGAAUCGGCGGCAUAAUGGGAUGGUAAACGUUUAGAGAAGGAAGAGCGGAUCACUCAGGGUGGACAAGGGUCAAUGGGAACAAGAUCGAAGCGCGUUAAAGGAUCAUGUACUUGUUAGAAAAAAUGAAAUAUCCAAUUGCAGGCAUUAAAAAAAAAGACAUCAGCGCAUGCUGUGCAGGAAGUACUGAAAGCGAUCCAUUGUGAGCCA